UACACUCCCACACUCACUCACACACAUACAUGCACACACACGCACAAAUGUUUUGAAAGUAUGAUCUUGAGUCUUGACAGACAGACAUUUUUUUUUUAGGUCAGGCACUUCUAGUUGUUCAUAUGGCAGAUUGUACAUGUCAUUUUAAAGCCCUGACUCUGUGAAGGACAAGGUGUGGCACGUGGUAAUAAUUAACAUCCCUGGGAUACAAAAUGCCAAUCCCAAAACCUCUCUGUAACCGACAGUUUCUAUAUUAAGUAGGAUCCAAUGAAUGAAGAAAGCCGCCCCAGAGCCAGGAUGUUGUCUUUGGUCACACUGGGCCAAACUGGAGCCCGACGGGUUGUGACCACGACUCAGGGGAGAUUUUUAAGGGGCAGCAGAUGCACGUUAUCCCGUUUGCCAGAAUGUCUCACUUUCCCCAAGACCAGAAACCCGGAGCCUUCCUUUUCCCAUCACAGAUGCUUCGGUGCCUCAGCUGCUCAUUGCAACUCUUCAUCAUCGGCUCAUCAGAAAACAACAUCUUACAGUUAUGUCAUUGUUGGGGCGGGGUCCGCGGGCUGCGUCCUUGCCAACCGCCUCACAGAGGAUGCCCAUGAGUCCGUGCUGCUGCUGGAGGCUGGACCCAAGGACAUGUUGCUGGGCAGCUCACGGCUGUCAUGGAAGAUGCACAUGCCAGCUGCACUGACCUAUAACCUCUGUGACGAAAAGUAUAACUGGUACUACCACACUUUACCUCAGGCCCACAUGGACAACCGGGUUAUGUAUUGGCCGAGGGGCCGUGUUUGGGGCGGGUCGUCUUCACUCAACGCCAUGGUGUACAUCCGCGGACACGCCGAAGACUACAACCGCUGGCAGAGAGAGGGGGCCGAGGGCUGGGAUUAUGAACACUGUCUGCCUUACUUCAGGAAAGCCCAGUGUCAUGAGCUGGGAGAAAAUAGGUAUCGUGGUGGCAGUGGACCUCUUCAUGUGUCCAGAGGGAAGACCAGCCAUCCCCUUCACAAGGCUUUUAUUGAGGCGGGGCAGCAGGCAGGAUACCCCUUCACUGAUGACAUGAAUGGCUACCAACAGGAAGGAUUGGGCUGGAUGGAUAUGACCAUUUAUAAAGGGAAGAGGUGGAGCACAGCCAGUGCCUACCUGAGACCGGUCCUGGGUCGAGCCAACCUGAAGACAGAAGUGCGCUGCCUGACCACCAAGAUCCUCUUUGAUGGAAACCAUGCUGUGGGAGUGGAAUACAUACAGAAGGGACAGAAGAAAAGGGUGUUUGCAGAUAAGGAGGUGAUAUUGAGCGGAGGAGCGAUCAACUCCCCUCAGCUUCUCAUGCUGUCUGGGGUGGGAAACGCUGACGACCUGAAACAACUCGGCAUCCCUGUGGUUCAGCACUUACCAGGUGUUGGCAGUAACCUGCAGGAUCAUUUAGAGCUGUAUGUCCAGCAGCAGUGCACUCAGCCUAUCACCUUGUACAAGGCCCAGAAACCUUUCCACAUGGUCAAGAUAGGCCUUGAGUGGCUCACCAUGUUCACUGGUUACGGAGCAACAGCCCACUUGGAAAGUGGAGGAUUCAUCCGCAGUAGGAGGCACGUCACACACCCCGACAUCCAGUUUCACUUCUUGCCCUCGCAGGUCAUCGACCACGGACGAGUUGCCUCCAAGAUAGAGGCGUAUCAGGUUCAUGUUGGCCCAAUGAGAAGCACCAGUAUCGGCUCGAUGAAGCUGACGAGCACCAACCCUCUGGAUCACCCCAAUCUCCAGCCAAACUAUCUCUCCACUGAUAUUGACGUGUGGGAGUUCAGAGAGAGCGUGAAACUCUCCAGAGAGAUCUUCGCUCAGAAGGCCUUCGACCCGUUCCGUGGUCCCGAAGUCCAGCCCGGCCCCCAGGUCCAAUCUGACGCCGACAUCGACGCCUUUGUCCGCCGAAAGGCCGACAGCGCCUACCACCCGUCCUGCACCUGCAAGAUGGGCUCCCCCUCUGACCCGACGGCAGUCGUCAACUCAGACACGCGCGUUUUGGGUCUGGAGCAGCUGCGUGUGGUCGACGCCUCCAUCAUGCCCAGCAUUGUCAGCGGCAACCUGAACGCGCCGACCAUCAUGAUAGCAGAGAAGGCUGCUGACAUCAUUAGAGGUCGCCCUGCUCUCGUGGACCCAGGGGCUCCAGUGUACCAGCCGACGACACUCAACGCACAGAGAUGAAUGGGUAAAGUGAUGAUGAUGAUGAUGGGUUAAGUGCUAUCAGUCAUUAGGCAACAACAACAACAACAACAGUGAACAGCUGUUUGUGAGCUUGAUUGGAAGCUGUUCAUUUUGCUUUAUUUGCGUUUUGAUCCCAUUUAGAAAACGAAUAAUGUGAGCUUGUCGUAUUUACGGAGCCAUAAUGCUGUUGAAUACAGUUAAUUUUAGCAGUUUACAUUUUUAAUUCAGUUUAAGUCUGGUGAAGAAGUAGCAGUGGCCUUGUUUUUUCAGCCACACAGCAAUUUCAAUGUUGUGGCUGAAUAUAUAAGUAUAGUUUACGUUCCUGCAGUGUGGACUCAACUUUAUAAAUACUAACAUUUACAGUAGACAUCAGUGUUUGUGUGCGAACGCUUCAUACAGUAUAACUUGCUCACAACUACAAGUUCAGAGUGAAACCAAACAACAAAUUAGAUGUUUUAAACGUGUCUCAGGUUUUAGUGGCAUUUUUUAUAAUUACAUUGCAAUAACUUGCUGUCUGCCUGAUGAUCAGCAACCUCGGUUACAAGCAGACUGUUUGAACAAACCCGGCUGCAGUUUUUAUUUUUAUCUGUUCAGAUCAGUCAUCACCACAGUAUCAUAUCUCUUCCUUCCUGAAAACUUGCAGAUUUAACAUUUUGACAAAAUUCGGUUGUCAUUGGUUUGUUGAAAACAUUUUAGUGUGGUGAGAAGAAACUCUGUAUUUACAAUUAUAGAAAAAAAAAGUUAUAUUAGCCUCAUAUCUUGUAUUGUUUGACUGUAAUACACAGUGAAAUGUAUUGUUAGGCUAGGAGCCUUAUCUCCAGGUCAACAAUACAUUUCAUCAGUACUCUGACUUAUAAAUUCCACGGUUUGCACGCUGCCCCCAGCAGGUGUUGUGACUCGAGGAUCAACUUUAUCACGUGCAUUUUACUACCAGUUGUGUAUUUCAUGCUUGUAAAUGCCCACAGCUCAUUUUCUGUUUAGGGCUCAGAAAUAGAUUAGAUUUGCUCUGAUCAGUACUCAAACUCAACUGGUCCUGCUCUUGUUUCUGACCUGGACCAGACAGCAGCAGAGAUGAAAUGACACGCCCAUGUGCAGCAUGAGUGGAGAACAACCUCAAAGCCGUUCUUCUCAGGAAAGUGGGCUUGUUUCCUAAGACACUGCUUUACAUGUGUUUUGCGCUAGAUUUCAACAGUGAAACUUCCUCAAGCAUGUCAAUGAACAAUCUUUUUAAAUGCUCUGCUUCGUUGCUCGUGUGGAGGAUUUAAACUCCUCCUCUGUGUGAGAUCUGUUGUGCCAUUACUUGUUGUGCCAGAGUUUUACAGCUCACCGCUUUUAGUUGCCUUUCGUUUCAGACCAGUCCGGUUGCUUAAUGUUCAAUCUCAGUCGCAAAUAAAUGCAAAUUAUAUCUCAGAAUAUCAAUCUAGAUGUUACGUUAAAUACACACUAAAACUUAACUACUCUCAAAACUAGAACAAAAUACUAUUGUGCACGUUUUUCCUCCUCUUAUGUUGUGAAGAGGAUUGUGUAAAACUGAUCAGAGCAAAUUAUGUAUAAUUCCACAGUUAUUAAGAUAAUUUUAUGCUGAAUUAUGAUAUAUACAUUAUGUGACUGAUUUCAUUUGCCCAGCAGGUACAGUUUUACGCAGAUUUUUAGAAUCAACUUUACUGAUUCAUAAAUUCAUCAUGUAUUAAGUAUUGUUUUAAAUAAAUUAAUAUUUGUUUGUUGUCAGCUCUAAUGGAAAUGGUGCUAAAAUGAAUUCUAAUAGUCUUAUUAUUAAGCUUUGCACUAUGUUAUGAAGAGAAUCUUAGCGCAGCUUCAUCACUGACAAUUAUUGUUUACAUUUUGCAGUGUUGUACAAUAUAACUUUAAUGUUUAAAUCAUUAGUGUCUUAAUGAAUGAUUGCAAAGGGAAAAUGUGAAAUUCAUGUAGCUUUUAUCUUUACAUGUUUUUGUAUUGUUUGUAAGCAAACGCUAGAAACCGUCCUGACCUUGUCCUCAUUACUUAAUGUCGUCCUCUCAAAAAUCCUCUACAGGUUCAUUGUCAUUUCAGGCCGAGAAUUCAAACGUACAAAACUAUUUUUUUGUUUUCAAUGGUAAAAAAUCUCUAAGAUACUAGUACUUGUGCUACAAAGUAGACAGAACUAUGUUUUGUUUUUAUUUUCAUACAACAAAUAGGUAAAAAGCAGAAAUCCUCCAGUUCAUCACUUACUUUUUACAAACUUUGUACAGAUUUUAUACAUUGUUUAUACAUGUCAUCAUUUCAUAUUAAUCUGCAAAACAGCGGAACAGUACAAAAAAAAUAAAGCUCAGUUACACUACUAA